CACUGUACGAGUCAACAAUGACGCCGACAAAAGACCAGUGUACUUAAAGAUAGUAAAGGCGGUCUGCUGAGGAUGACGGGCAGCCUGCCCCAGUUUGCACCCUGGAAGCUCCGCCCGUCCUCCGUGCGCCUCCUCAGUCCUCAUUCAAAACAGAGCACAGCUGUUGCGGGGCGCACUGUUGUGCUGCGGAGCGCUGUGGUUUAUUCCGGGCAUCGGAGCGCCGUCCUCUGAUGGAAUAUCAUCCCACCGAGACAGCGGGAAAGGGCGCUUUACGGCUGCAGAAGCAGAGCUGAAAGGAGGACUGGACCCUAUAGAGAGGGAAAGCAGAGAAUACAGCCCAACAAGCAACUUUCCCUCUGGCAAAUAUGCGCAUCUGACACAUAUCUGAGAGCCGAGCAGGCCUUGCUGCAGCUGAGAGCGAUGAAUGGUCUCCUGCGCUAAACUGGAUGGUAUGGGAAUGAUGGACCUCCCUAAUGGCCAAUCAAGCAUCUCCAACACGGCUGCUACAGCCUCCGAGAGGAGCAGCAGCUCAGAGUCCCUCAGCGAUAAGACGUCCUCGGAGCUGAAGAAGAGUUUUGAUGCCGUUGUGUUUGAUGUGUUGAAGGUCACUCCAGAGGAGUAUGCAGGCCAGAUUACCCUCAUGGAUGCUCCUGUGUUCAAAGCCAUCCAACCAGAGGAGCUUUCUAGCUGCGGCUGGAACAAGAAGGAGAAGCACAGCUCUGCUCCGAACGUCGUGGCCUUCACCCGCAGGUUCAAUCAGACGAGUUUCUGGGUGGUAAGAGAGAUCCUCCACGCCCAAACGCUGAAGAUCAGAGCUGAAGUGCUGAGUCUAUACAUACGCACUGCCAAGAAACUGUGUGACAUGAACAACCUGCACGCCGUCAUGGCCGUGGUGUCAGGGCUACAAAGUGCGCCCAUCUUCAGGCUCACAAAAACAUGGGCGUUGCUGAGUCGAAAGGACAAGUCUACGUUCGAUCGGCUCGACUACCUGAUGUCCAAAGAAGACAACUACAAACGUCUGAGAGACUUCAUUAGCAGCCAGAGCAUGGUCUCUUGCAUACCGUACCUAGGGAUGUACCUCUCUGACCUGACGUACAUCGACUCGGCCUACCCCUCUACAGGCAGCAUACUGGAGAACGAGCAGAGAUCCAACCUGAUGAACAACAUCCUGCGUAUCAUAUCAGACCUGCAGAGAUCCUGUACCUACGACAUCCCAGUGUUGCCUCACAUCCAGAAGUAUUUGAACUCUGUCAGGUAUAUCGAGGAGCUGCAGAAGUUUGUGGAGGAUGAACACUACAAGUUGUCACAGAAGAUCGAGCCAGGCACCAGCACCCCUCGAGCCAACGCCUCCAAAGAAGAUCUUGUUGGCCAGGAAGCGUCGUCUUCUCCUCUCUGUGGCCGAAAAGGUUCGGUAGCGGCCGAUGUCCCGGCCACGCCUCCAUCUCCAAGGAAUCUGCUGCCCUACGGACACAGGAAGUGCCACAGCCUGGGCUACAAUUUUAUCCAUAAGAUGAACACAGUAGAGUUUAAAAGUGCCACAUUUCCCAACGCUGGCUCCCGUCAUCUGCUGGAUGACAGUGUGUUGGAGAGCCACAGUCCCAGCAGGGGACAGGCAGAGAGCUCUACUCUGUCCAGUGGCAUUUCGCUCGGGAGCAGUGAGGGCUCCGAGCUCAGUGAAGAGAUGUCUUGGCCAGCUUUUGAGAGGACUCGGUUCUAUCACUCUCUGGGCCCAGUGACCCGUGUGGCCCGCAUCCCGUACAGAGGAGUCCUGAGGCCCAGCAGCUCGGCUGAGUCAGAGGAGCUUGCCGUUCACUUGUAUCCCGGAGCUGUCACCGUCCAGGGGGUGUUAAGACGGAAGACGGUGCUCAAGGAGGGCAAGAAGCCAACCGUGGCAUCUUGGACUAAAUACUGGGUCGCGCUUUGUGGAACUCAGCUUUACUACUAUCCUGCCAAGUCCCUGAAGGCCACAGAGAGGAAGCAUUUUAAGUCCACAUCCAGCAAGAGCGUGUGUGUGGUUGGCCUUAUGGCCAUGAUGGCGGAUGAUCCAGAGCAUCCUGAUGUCUUCUUGCUGACCGACUCGGAGCAUGGUAACACCUACAAAUACCAGGCAGGGAACAGGAUGAACGCUCUGCUCUGGUUCAAACAUCUUAGCGCUGCCUGUCAGAGCAACAGGCAACAGGUACCAGCCAAUCUGAUGUCAUUUGAGUGACGCGGGUGAGAUGAGCGGGAUGAGGAAACGGAUUUAGGAGGACGAGGAAGUGGAAGCUUUCACUGCCAGGAGCCCCGACAGACCGAUUCUCCGCCCCCGACCUCACUGCAGCCUCACCUACCACCACUGCCUUAACCAGAGUUCCUAGUGUGUCUGUGUGUGUGAGCGCAGGUCUGUGUGGAGAGAAGUGACCGCUUUGGACGUCCCGACCACUGAACAAGGACCCGCACCACUGCUCCCUCUCCCUGUCUUUUGUUCAGCACUUUGGUAGAACCCCGACACUGAGCGUCCGCAGCUUGGAAACCUAUUUUAAUCACAUCUUCUUCCAUCAUCAGACAUAGGAUUUCCAGCUCCUGUUCAGUUGUGCACACAGUUAGAACAUGCUGGGCUCAGAAGGCUCCAGAAAACAUUUUUAUUUGAUUGUUUUAUUGGCUCCUGUUGGCCUAAAGGAAGCAUUAUUUAGAUCUCACACACACAGGAUGUUCUCCCGUUACAUCGAUGUAAGGGCUCCAGCUCCUGCAGAAACUAUUCCCAGAAUGUGUACAGUUUUUAGUGGAAAGCUUACCCUUUUUUUGUGUUUUUUUUUUGUUUUUUUGUGAUUUACUGAAUUUACUAGAUGUUUGUAAAACGCAUCAGGAUGGGCGGAGCUUCUUUAAAUGUGCAGAAACCUUGUCUGUGGUCCACAGUGGUACGAUCAUCCCAGAAUCUAAGCUAAGGCGUGUUUACGGUUAGAUUGAUGCUUUUUUUUUCUUUUUUUUCUGUUAUCAUCGUUGAGGAAAUGCUGGGUUUCCUGGACUUGGAAUACAAAACACUAAAGACUUGAAGCUGUGAAAAGUCCAGGAGGAAAAGGAGCGAGAAGUGAUGACGGGUGUUUUUAUCUCCUCUGGUCCUUCUGGUUGUUGGAGCGGACACUCGAAGCCACGCGGAGCCGUUCACUCUCUUUUAAUUAGUCUUUUUUUCUAAGUUGGUCAAAUAUUUGCUUUUUUUUUGGGAGGGAUGGUGCAGUUCACAGUAUUACCGUUUAGUUGACGAUUGCACAGCAAUGCAGGUUUGUCUGUUACGAAUGUUAGUGCUUUUCUGUUUUUUCUAUUUCUACUUUAGGAACAUUUACUCAGAAAAUUUAUCCUUUUUUUAUUUUUCUGAGCUUAAACCAGUCCCAGCUCGGCUUUUAGACCCUACCAACAUGGCGUCUUGGUUGGAGGGGAGAAAUAAAAGCCUAAUAGGUUGAAAUUGGUGCCAAGUGAGGUUAACUUCACUGCUUAAUUUCCCUCAGGUUGAUGCGACGUUGGAGGGUUAUUAGCUGCGGUCAGUGUGCCACAGGACUACUAAUUUAAAAACCUGAACAGACGGGCGGGGGGGGGGCAGGUAUUCAGAGAGAAUUUCUUUUUUAAAUCCAGCGUUAGUUUACAUUCUACUGGUGCUUCUUAAUUCAUUAGAAAAUCAUCAAACUCUGGUUUAUUUCAGUUCAAAUUGUAAAAGUUUACGGCAAUAAAAACACAGCAGCGCAGUUUAUCCCAACUUUAGUCAUUCCAUAAGCUAGUAAAGAAUUAUAAACUUGCUAAAAUAAAUAUCCAAUAGCUGUAAAGUAUAUUUACUCAGCAGUUGAUCUUUGCUCCUUUUUGCCUGAAUUCCUGCAUCGCUGCUGCGUAGCUUAGAGGCCAUAAACCAGCAGUUUUACCUUUAUCUGAUCCGUAUUGCUCUGUCGUGUCUCAUCUUCCCACUGGCACUACGCCACACUCACUGGAGAACAGUUUAUUGGGAAAACGACUGAAUCGAACCCCAAAAUCUAAAAAAAAGGCGCCUUCCUGCCACAUAUUUUUUCCUUCCACUAAACCUUCCAUUAAUCUGCCUGGAUGAAAGCGUCCUUAGCGGUGGCCGUGUGUAGCUCACGCUGCUAUAGGGAGGUGUGAGCAUCUGCUUUGGUUCUAAGCUUUACAGCAAUAAAAGCUCGGCUCGAUUAUAAUGAAUUUAUAUUCUAUAACCGGCAGGUUUUUAAUUGAAUAACUGAAAUAAGCCAAUUCUUUUGGUGAGGGUCUAAUUUAUUUAGAUGCACCUGUAUGUUUACACAGCCUGACCCCCCACCCUACCCCCUCACACUGCCUCUGGUGCUUUAUGAGGGGAAAUGAUUAGUGCAGCGCCCGUCUCUCUGUUACCUCAUUUAAUGAAACUCUGAGGUCAUUUCCACGUCACGGUCUCACCCACCAAGAAAACUCUCCUUUAGCACAACAUCCUGUACAGAUUAAGUUCAAAUUAGCCACUUUUGUUUUGCUCAGACAUGUAUUUGGAUAGAAUGAGUUCAGGAAGAAAAAAACGGUGAUGUUAAUGCGGACGAACCUGUCGAGGAAUGAAUGAGGACGCCAAAGAAAGGCAGACGUAAUGUGACGGUUGCAGCAAGGAUGUGUGAGGAUUUGGGUGCCUGUUCAUACUUGUCUAUUUUUUUAAGAAAAAGCAAUGUAAUCAAAGCCAGAUGAGGCCGCCUGUCACUGCUGAGCAGCUGGGCGGCGGCGGGCGACCGGCUUACCCAAUCAGCCGUGUGACUGACGACUCCAUGCCGGCUUGUUUUGCACUGGACGAGUGAAGAAAGGGGGGACCCUGAGCCGGAUCGGCAGCAGAAAGAGGGACAGUGCCACAAACUGUGGAUCCGGGUGG